ACUUAGGCAACUCACCACGUAUCUCCCAACAUCACAGCCUCCUUCAAUUCAAUAUGUCUAGUUAAACCGGCAAUGGAUCGCAAUUGCGAUUUUCUUAAUAUUAUACCCUUCGGAACCUCGUCGCAAUGCCAAACUCUGCGGUUGCGACCUCUGUUAAAGGUGCCACGGUCCUCGUCCUCCUCCAGGUCAGCUCGAGGGCAUUGACAUUUAUCCUCAAUCAAACCCUCCUUCGUAUCAUCUCUCCCGAACUCCUGGCGGUCGCAACUCAGUUGGAGCUCUACUCUAUUUCUGUCCUAUACUUCUCCCGCGAGAGCGUCCGCGUGGCCGUGCAGCGACAGCCGGACGAUGUGCAGACUGUGGUGAAUCUCUCCUACAUCAGUCUUGCCCUUGGCCCCGUGUUUGCUCUGGUGCUUGGGACGCUGUAUCUACGGUCUGCCAACUAUCCCGUCUUAUACGUGCGAGAGUCCUUGAUCAUUUACGGGUUCGCUUGUCUUGUCGAAUUGCUUUCCGAGCCUGGGUUUGUGGCCGCCCAGCAGAAACUUCUAUAUGGAAUUCGGGGCUCAGUAGAGAGCUUCGCUACCAUCGUCAAGUGCCUUAUAAUUUGCGGACUCGCUUUCUGGGCGCAUAUCAAUGGGUUGAAUUACGGAGUUUUGCCAUUCGCAUACGGACAACUGGCGUUUGCGACGACGCUCUUUCUGGGAUACACUGUCCGAGUGAGCCGCCUUGCGGCAAAGCAGAAUUUCUCCCUGAUUCUGCGGAAGAUACGCCCACAACCAUCCGAGAUACAUUACUUUAAUGCAUUUUCUCGAUCGCUAUGCAGCCUGGUGUUUAGCCUUUCUCUGCAGUCCAGCGUCAAGUACAUCCUCACCCAAGGGGACUCAUUAAUUAUGGCAAACCUGACCACCCUCCACGACCAAGGUGCCUAUGCACUGGCGGCCAAUUAUGGCGGCCUCAUUGCACGAAUGGUUUUCCAGCCUAUCGAGGAGAGUACUAGAAAUGUCUUUGCUCGACUUUGCGCGUCCGAGUCGAACGUUACCGAGCCCAAGGAGCAAAUCAACCAGGCCAAAGUGUUACUUCAGGAUAUCCUUCGCAUAUACAGCCUCAUGUCACUCGUGGCGGUUGUUGCUGGGCCAGUUGCAGCACCCUUGCUUCUCCAACUGGUGGCCGGCUCCAAGUGGAUAGAAACCGGCUCUGGGGAGAUGCUGUCCACGUACUGUUUCUACAUCCCUCUUUUGGCAUUAAAUGGGGUUACGGAAGCAUUCGUGGCAGCUGUUGCUAACAAACAGCAGCUCUACCGUCAAUCAGUAUACAUGGGCUUGUUCUUCGCUGCAUUUGCUGGAUCUGCUUUUCUCUUCUUGCAUACUUGGUCACUUGGGGGCCACGGGGUGGUUUAUGCAAACUGCUUGAACAUGGGAUUGCGCAUUUUUUGGAAUAUAUCCUUCAUCAAGGACUUCUUUAACCAUAGGAAGUUGUCAUUCACCAUCUCCACAUCCUUGCCUUCAUACGGUUCUCAGGGAAUAGCCAUAGCUUUCUGGGCAUUGCUCAGGAACCGUCGGCUGUAUGCGUCAACGUUGCUGGGAAGCCUUGUUCGGGUGGGGCUUGCAGUGGGAGUAUACCUCGCGCUAUUGCUACUCUUCGAACGCACCUUUCUCUGGGGACUGGUACAGAAUAUCAGGGGUCAGCGAACCAGCGAGCGUUCUUGACGCAAUCUAUGCAGACCAUGUACAACAGAAGUCAUGAUAUUAAAGCAUGCUACGCUGCCUGGUGCUUUCUCCUAUCGGCGAUGCAAUAUCAUAUACGUGCCAUACUGUCGUUCCAUGGAGGACAAUGGCAUUCAGUGAUGGGUGCGAAUAUCAAAAGGCUUCAGGGAUAUAACAGGAAGCGACGGCCCAAAUCGUAGACCGUGUAGACGCCGGCGACAAUACAAUUAUUCUACAGG